AUGUUGAAACAAAUGGAUAAUAGAUUGAAUGGAGUAAGAUAUUGUGCUACUGCAACAGCAACAGGGGAAGGAAUAUAUGUUAUGGGAGGUUAUAAUGUUAAUGAUAAAACUACUAAUAGUGUUGAAUUUCGUUCAUCUGUAACUAAAACCUGGAUGAUGUUGAAACUAAUGAAAAAUGUUAUUUAUCUGAAAAGACAAUAUUUCAGUAGUUGUGUGAUUGAUGAGAAAGUUUAUGUCAUUGGGGGAAAUGGAAAUUCUGCAAAUAUAGUGGAAUAUGAUCCUGAAACAAAAGAAUGGAAAAUCAUUGAAACAAUACAAGGAAAAAGUAUAACUCCACUGGCAACUGUUGCAAUAUCUAUGUAACAUCAAUUACUCUUAUACUUCACAAAUAUAGUUCUCAUAUUCUCAAUGAACAGAUACUUAUCAGUCUUUCUGAUGUACUCUCAAAUUAAUUUUUUGCAUAAUGAUGAAACUAGUAUAUGAAUCAUUCGUAUGGUAAUAUUUAGGUUGAAUAAUUUAUUUAACCAAAAGGUUUAUUUGAUUAUUGUUUGCUUAAGAACGAAGCUACAGAAUGUUUGAAGAUAUAGCUUGAAUAGAUUCUCUUUACAGAUAGCCAAUAUCAAUAUUGAUAAUUUAAUUGUUUGGUUAGGUAAUCAUUACCUAUUUUAUUUGGAAGUGACCAGUGAAAAUUAAUUUCAUAUCGGUAGUGUUUA